AUGACGAGACCCUUUUCCUCCUCCUUUUCCUCUGAAAGGUUCCGAGUGAGAAGCGCGACGAGGAGGUCGUUCUUUGCUUCUUUGAAUUCUAGAAGACAAAGAGGAGGAAGAAGACAGAGAAGAGGAGGAGAGCUCGGGGUUGUUUUUGCCGCCAACGAGGAGGACACGUUUGAGAAGGAGGAGGAGGAAAAGCAGAGCGUAACGACGACGACGAUGACGGUACUAAAAAGCAAACAGAGGCAGAGAGACCAUCGGAAACGAAAUCGCGUGCGGAACAAAGAGAAAAACGACGAGGUUGUUCGAGAGGUUUUGGAACGGUUUUUACAGGUGUUGAAACCGUUGUACGAGGAGGAAAAGGAAAAGGAGGAAAUUUCGUCGAAAGAACACCAACAACUCGAUUCUUCGUUUCGAGCGAUGUAUAAUAUAAGACAAAGAAGAAACGAGGAGGAGGAGGAGGAAAGUUUCUCUCCUCCUCCUAAUCCUUUGGCGAUGACGACGACGACGACAAUAAUAGAUUGGUCUCGGUUUCCGAAGAGCGCCGAUCCGGCGCGGGCUAUAGGCACGGCGAAGAAAACGUCGGCGGCGAGAGGCGUUCGGAAACGGAAACAGAUUGAACAGAUUUACGAAGCGUUGCGCUCGCGAAACGUGUUAGGCGGUAGUGAUGGUAGUAGUAGUGGUAGUAGUAGUGGUAGUAGUAGUAGUAGUAGUGAGCAUAGCUGCGGUAGUAGUAGCGGUAGUACGAGGAGUAAAAAGAAGACAAUCGUGGAUUUCGGAUGCGGGACGGGGAAUUUGCUCUUAGCUCUUGCUUUCCUGUUUCCCGAACACGACUUUAUCGGCGUCGAUUUGAACGAAACGUCCAUUCGUAUGCUCGACGAACGCAUAGAAAGCGCGAAGUUAACAAACGUGCGAUCGAAAUUAUCUUUAAUCGAAACGUUCGACGAGGAUUUUGACGUCGCGUUGGCGUUACACGUGUGCGGUAAAGCCACAGACGUCGUUUUGCAGACGUGCGUGGAGAAGCAGAAAGAUUUCGCGUGCGUGCCGUGUUGCGUGGGGAAAGUACAAGCGAACGGACAUCGCUCGGUUGGCGGAAUGCGCAAAAAAUUAAUAAACGUGGACGUCGUCGGUUCGAAGAACAAUAACAACAACACCAUCGCCAACAAAAAGAACAACAGCGAGAAAGAAAUUCGACAUCCUCGCUCGAACUUAAUGCGCGCAAUUUGCGACGAAGAAACGUUCAUGGAGGUGGCAAAACUCGCCGACUGGUCCGGGAACGACCAGGUAUCCGCCUACGAAGCGUCCAAACACUCUCGCUUGCCAAGAGAAGCCAAAAGCGCGAUCGAACUCGACCGACUCUAUAGGUGCGUAGAGAAAGGCUACCGCGGUUCCGUGGAAUUGAUAAAGCUCGACGACGAAUGCGGGUUGAGGAACGAUUUGAUUUUAGGCCACGUCGUCCAUCAUCAUCAUCAUGUCGUUUAA